AGCCAGCGAGCACCGUACUCGUGUCCAUAUAUAAGAGCACCUCCGACGCCGCGAACAGCUUAGUUUGAGUUUGAUUACUUCAAACAAGACCAGCCUAAUAAGCCACCGAACGGCUCUCUAGGUGCUUCUUGUUCUCCGAGGAAGCAUUUCAGUUUAGUUCCGCUCCGCUAGCCACUAGUCUGUUGCAGUCGUUGAAGCAGUGUCUUAGAAAAAGUGCGAAAAGUGCCCCCGAAAAGUGUGACAGUGUCAGAGUGCCAAAAUGCCAGCCAACGGAAUGUUCGACGUCGCUCUGCAGGUCAUCGACGACUCCAACGUGUCUAGUGGAUCGGACAGUGCUGGUGUGUCUGAAGAUGAAGAUGUUCAACUGUUCUGCAGUAUGGGGAAUACGAUAGUCCCGAAGCCGUUGAAGAAAUCCAUAACGAAAACCAAGGAUGAAGAAUUCAGCAAAACCGCCAAAGCAAACGAGAAACGAUACGCCAGUCUUCCGAAUCGUGAACAACACCAGCAAUUCUUGACCGACUUCCUGUCGGAAGUGCUGAACAACGCGGUUUUCAAUGCCACCGAACGGGCCAACAAAGUUCUGAACUGGGUAGAUCCAGAACAGCUCAAGCGAUCCUUGGACCUGGAGCUCAAGGAUGAACCGGAUUCGCAUGAAAAGCUGCUGGAACUGACCCGGGCUACCAUCAAGCACUCGGUCAAAACCGGGCAUCCCUACUUCAUGAAUCAACUGUUCUCGUCCGUCGAUCCGUACGGAUUCGCUGGACAGAUCCUCACCGAUGCGCUGAACCCCAGCGUCUACACGUUCGAAGUGUCUCCGGUGUUUGUCCUGAUGGAGGAAGUCGUGCUCAAGGAAAUGAGAGCCAUCGUUGGUUAUCCUGACGGUGCUGGGGAUGGUAUCUUCUGCCCCGGUGGAUCCAUGGCCAACGGCUACUCUAUUAGUUGUGCCCGCUUCAAACACAUGCCCGAUGUCAAGACAAAAGGAUUACAUUCACUUCCGCGCUUGGUAAUCUUCACAUCUGAAGACGCUCAUUACUCGGUGAAAAAAUUGGCAUCGUUCAUGGGCAUCGGGUCGGACAACGUGUAUCCCAUCCGUACCGAUGCCAUCGGCAAGAUCAGGGUGGAUCAUCUAGAGUCGGAAAUUCUACGUGCCAAAGCAGAGGGAGCCGUCCCGUUCAUGGUAUCGGCCACCGCCGGAACUACCGUGAUUGGAGCGUUCGACCCGCUGGAACAGAUUGCGGAUCUGUGCAAAAAGUACAAUCUCUGGAUGCACGUGGAUGCAGCCUGGGGUGGCGGUGCGCUCAUGUCCAAGAAGUACCGAUCGCUGCUGAAGGGAAUCGAACGAUCGGACUCGGUCACCUGGAAUCCACACAAGCUGCUCGCCGCUCCACAGCAAUGUUCCACUUUCCUGACCCGCCACGAGGGAAUCCUGUCGGAGUGCCACUCGACCAACGCCACCUAUCUCUUCCAGAAGGACAAGUUCUACGACACCCAGUACGACACCGGCGACAAGCACAUCCAGUGUGGCCGCCGGGCCGACGUGCUCAAGUUCUGGUUCAUGUGGCGUGCCAAGGGCACAUCCGGACUGGAGCAGCACAUCGACAAGGUGUUCGAGAACGCUGAACACUUCACCAACAGUAUUAAGGCACGGGACGGGUUCGAAAUGGUCGUGGAAACUCCCGAAUGCACCAACGUGUGCUUCUGGUACGUUCCGCCGGGUUUACGAAGCGUGCCACGGGACAGCGCCGAGUUCACCGAACGGCUCCACAAGGUGGCGCCCAAGGUCAAGGAACGCAUGAUGCGGGAGGGCUCGAUGAUGAUCACCUACCAACCGAUCCACGAUAAGCCGAACUUCUUCCGCUUGGUGCUGCAGAACUCGGCCCUGGACAAAUCGGACAUGAACUACAUCAUCGAUGAAAUCGAGCGACUUGCUGCGGAUUUAUAAAUAAAGGAGGCAAGCGAGCGGAAACUGGUCUCGUUUCUAUCUUGCACAUUUUUGCGUGUAGGGAGUUUUGUUGAAGUUUUUUUUUAUAUUAAAACAUAAUUUAUAUCCUUGUGUAAAAGACAAACCCAAAAAAAGUUGUAUUUAUUGGUAGCAUUGUUUUGUUCGCUGGAAGCACCACGUGGUUGAGGGCUGACAGAACGGUGCGUGAUGAGAAGGAAUCGGAAUGAGAAUGCUCUACUUGAGAAGACAUGUGAUUGUAUACUAAGAUAUAGGCAAAGGAAGCAAGAUUGUAAUAUGCUAACAUAUCUUAGAAUGGAUUUAAGAAUCAGUAUAAAAAUGAUGUACAAAAAGGAAAAUAAAGAUGUUUACCAGUGUAUUGUAUUCUA